AUGCCUCCAGUUGAUGAUAGCACUGUGUCAAUGGCUCGCCAUUCUUUUCUCAGUAAUCUCUCGGAAGUGAUGACGUCAUUCAACUGGAAGCAACAUCAACAUUUCUUGAACACUUUUAAACAGUACCGGACAGAAAUCGAAGGUCUUGCUAUCCAUUUCUUACGCAUCUCACUCCCUAAAGAGUCGGCCAAGGAUACGGUACCUCUUCUGAUGCUUCACGGUUUUCCUGGAAGUUACUGGGAUUUCUUCAAGGUGAUUCCGAUACUCACAAAUCCGAUUCGGUUCGGUUUUGAUUUCGGCGUCAAACGGCCACUUCUCUUCGAUGUUAUUGUUCCAAGCCUGCCUGGAUUUGUGUUCUCUGGUAAACCUUCCAGA